AUGUGUCUAAGAUUCGGAUUACCGGCUUUCGUUUGGAUAUUAAUGGCUCUUCUGUUGAAGACAUCGAAAGCGAAGUAAGUAAAAUUUGAAUCAUAUCGAUUAAUUUGAGUUUUCAUUGACAAACAUUCGGGUUCUGUAGUUUUAUUGGCAAUGAAUACGGUUUCCUAUGGUUGGUAUGAACUCAUCAAAUAAUGAUGAAUGGCUUUACUAACGAUUCUUUCCCACGACGAAUGCAUACGACGAAAAAUCGUUAUUCUGUUGGCACGACGGAAACUUGGUAAAAUAUGUGCUGUGAUGAACUCUCUCAGUUGCAUUUUAUCGUAAACUGUACUUGACCCAGAAUGCAGGAUCAUUUUCAAACUUCUCCUUUUAUCUGUUGUAAAGAUAUAAGUUAAUCUUCAUCACUAAGGAAAGGAAUUCAACAUCGCUCUAUCAUCGUCGUCCUAACUGUAAUAUUUCGCUGCCUUUUUUACGUUUUGAUGUUGCGCCAUCUUUAAACGAGAAAAGACCUGUUUUCACAUUUUAAUGCGCAUAUAUUAUAACUUAAGUUCCAUACGCUCUUUACACAAAGCAUACUCAUAACAAUAUCUCAUUAAUGCAAUCCUAAUUUACUUUUAGCGGUAUUUAGUGUCAUCGAAAGUGACUGCAAUAAAUGUCUGUAGAUUUUCCAAGACAAGCAGCUCUCUAUACGAAUGGUGCAGCUCUAUACUGUAUGAAUUUUAUAAACAUACUAAAAGCGUAUGAAUUCACCUGCACUUUGUUUUCUUAGAAAUGUAGAGGCCGAAUCGAAUUUUAUUCUUAACGAACCUCAGGCUCGUCAAAACAUUAUUAUUAUUCCUCAGUGAUCGCGAAUUCUUCACUCUAAAACGCUCAGUCGUCAAGAAUUCAAAACAACUUACACCUGGUCCAAGCUCAACAAAUCAUUUGCGACUUUGCAAAUUAUUCUAUGAAACACCUGGUAACAGCCCCUGUAAAAGUCAUUUUUUUUGGCAAGAAAUGAGGUGGGAAGCGAAUCAGUGAUGAAUCAAUAAUUCAUCCCUUGAAUUAGCGAAACAUUUUCGCUCCCAGUAGAAACCAAAUACGAAGUAUUUAUGUGAUGAGAAGAGUUUGAAAAAUAUAAUUUACGGAGUACCACGUGAUAUGACAUGAAAUUCUUUAAGCUGAGAUUAUAAGAAAUGUAUGGCGGACGGUGUUGAGAAUCGAUACUUAUAUUCAAAGAGUAAAAAUGUGAAAUGAUUGUUGCUCCCUUUUUCUUGAGCUGAAAAGAAAAGUACCAUCUUCAAUUUUUCAUCUUUGCAGUUAUCAAGAAACCGCAGAAAAGCUCCAUGAAAUAACCGAUCCUGAUACUUACCACAAAUAUUUGCGGCCGUAUCACAAAGGUGAAAUACUGAAUCAAAACAUUUUAAGGUUGUGGGCUUUAACAAAUUAAACCUGAUGAGCAAACAAGAAUUAUUUUUGUGGUAAUCAACAGGUUACGCAGUUAAUGUCACCGUCAAACUAACUGUGGUACAUUUCGUAGCUGUAAGGGAAAUGAACGAGGUAUGAAAAACUAGGCUUAUUGUAAUCGAGUUAAUAAGAUUAAUGACAAAUACAGAGGUAAAUGUUUAUUUUUGUUAAAAAAGUGGGUCCUUAUGUCCGGCAGUUCCGGAGUUUUGAUCGGUUCAGCCACCAUGCUAUAAUCUGAAAAUUAUUCUUUGUGUGCACAUUGUAUGGAUAUAAUGAUCACAUGACCAAAAGGAGCGAGAAAAAAUGAUUUGUUUUAGUUUACAAAAACGUCUAUAGCGUAUGGGAUUAGAUGUAUUGACUUAUAAAUUGAUCAACGAUUAAUUAGGAAACGUGAUAUAUCAUGAUCCGCUUUUAAUGAGAAAGAUUGAAACUGCACCAUGCCUAACUCCCUUUUAGUUUCCUAAAAAGCCUCACCCUCUUCUACUUUUAUAGAUGAUUUUCGUUCCAGUUUGAUGGACUUUGUUAAAUAUAGUCGAAACACUCUAAAGGAAUAAUAACUGGUUAUUCUUAAUGACAAAAGUAAUGCUUAUCCUGGUAAAUCGAUGCGAUGGAAACAAAUAGACAUUACUGAGUGAAACACCACAAGUAUUACUGUGUGGGUCUUAUUAAAAAGGGUCAGAUAUACAUGUAACAGUGAGAGAAGAUCAUUUGCUGCUGUUUCGCACACAGGAAUUUUCCCUAGACCUUGUGAUCUGGCAAAAGUGGAUGGAUGCACGGUUGAAACAUUCGUUGAAUUAUUCCAUUACUUUGCCUGCAAACGCCAAGCACCGGAUUUGGCUCCCUGACACUUUUUUCUUGAACGUGAGAAGUGCUACUGUGCAUGACGUCAUUUCGGAAAACAGCAAAGUCUCAAUAAGCCCCGCGGGUCUCGUAACUUACAGUUCAAGGUAAGUAUAUUUUGCAGUGAAGUUGUGAAGAUAAAUGGAAUUCCCUUUAUGUAAGAAGAUAUCACAUCCCCUAUAAGGUGAAUCGAAAAAGUUCAAUUCCGCGUUAUCGUUAGCAACAUAUAUAAACUACAGGUACAUUCAGCCCGUUUUUGUGAAAUGAAUAUAAAAGAUCGACUAUAAGCUUCUCACUUUAAUGUAAGUGGGAAUGGCUGCUAUAGGCUUAUUUAAUUUCUCCUUGUUGGCAAAGUUUCACUGUGAUAGAAGGAAACUCGUUUGAAGGAAUUCUAAAAUGAGUGGUAUCCAAGUGUUCCCAGUUAGAGUCUACCCAUGACUUCCUGACUAAUCCUUCGAAUAUCCUUACCAUUACACGCUUACGGAGGCUCCUAAAUCAAGCUCAUCUGUCACACAUCCUUCACAACGGUAGAGCCUUAAUAAAACUGUUAUUCCUUUGGGUUAUGAAGCAACUUAUGAUGAUUUAUGUGAAACCUGGUGGUAUUUACGGAAUGAAAAAAGAAUCGGGAUACUAAAAUCAGAUUUAAAGAAUGUUUCGUUGCUUCUAUUUCUUAUUCAAAGGUACACUUCUCUUUGCUCAUUUGUUAUUGUAAAAUUAAUAUGAUGAGUAGUUCAACUUUAUUUUUAGCCACAAAGAUGGGAAGUGUAGAUGAAUAGACAUCCUCAGCUUCACCUGGUGGUUUAAAGCUUUUUCUUUACAUUUACGCUUAGACCAUGCUCAUAAAUCUAGAAAAAUCCAUUUUCUUUUACAGAAUAACCAUUAGUGCAGGAUGCCCUAUGAACUUAAGGGACUAUCCAAUGGAUGAACAGAUGUGUGACUUAGAGUUAUCAACUUGUUGAGUAUUCAAAUAAAUGAUUUUAUCCAUUGUAUUAAGUACUGCAUAUUCCUGACAUCAACGAGCAAACCACUGCUUAUGCACAUUUUGAUUUCCAUACAGUGCAUCGGUGGUUUGAGAAAACUGUUUAAAGUUCUUUGUGAAAAUCGCGAAAUUUCAGUAAAAUUUGACUAAUUUUUAUUACUCGGGCAUUUUCAGGAUGUGUCGAAGAGACUGUGCCUGCUUUGCUUUUAUGGCCGCUAUAUUUACCAUUUUUUUAUCUAUUGAACCUCUUUCCUGCUUAGAUGCAUAUACUGAAGAAAAUCUCGAGUUCAGGUGGUUGAAUAAAAGUCGAGAUGCUCCGAUAACUGUCAAGGACGAACAUUUAGCCGAAUUAGCGCUCAUCGACACAGAAACCUUAACCAAAUAUGAGGUUUAUGCUGACGGUGAGUAAUAACGAAAUCAAACUUGAUUCUUUAGCCAGUAAUUCGAAUUAAAAAAAGCAUAAAUUGUAUAAUAACAUUACAGUAUUCUUUGAAACUACUCUCUCACUUCUCCAUAGAACAGACUCAUAUCUGAAAACGAUGCUGUCGCACAGAAUUUCAAAACUAAUGUUUGCCAAGCAAAUCUGCUUGCUUGCUUGAUUCUGCGGAAAACAAUCGGAUUGCCUGAAGGGGUUUCCGAACAACUUCGGAAUUCUAGUUGAGGUGUUAGUAUAACAAAGUUUCUCCUCACCGUCAUUUACUCUUUGCCUAUAUUUAGUAGUUUUGUCCUUGUGUUCUCCACAGAAUCACUUUCUUAUUGAUUUCAUAAUCCAAGACCUGGAUUUUUUUUAAAGGAAUUAGGAUCCUUAAUGUAUUUACCUAUCUAAAUUUUAAGUUGUUUUUGUACAAAUCAAAUUAUGGAUUAUCAAGUAUUGAUUUUCGACCUGUGUUAGGAUCACAUACAAAACUCGUGGCUCGUUUUUGGUUCAAACGGCGUCUGGGAUAUGCACUUCUUCAAAUCUACAUCCCUACUAUCAUGCUUGUGGUCUUGUCUUGGUUUUCCUUUUGGAUUCCUGAAGAAUCUGUUCCAGCCCGUGUAGCGCUUGGAAGUACAACUGUGCUUUCUAUUGUGACAUUUACUGGCUCAUUCAGGAGUUCUCUACCAAAGGUCUGUUUUUAGCAACAAUUCUUGUCCUUGAUACUUGUAUUUUAUUUUAAUUUUUUUAUUGUUUUUUAUUUUAAAAACUGGCAAUGGGCAUUGCAUAUAGGUGUCCUCGUUAGUCAACUGUAACACGAACUUUUAGUGAGUCUCGUGAUAGUAUACUUUCAGUUUAUUGAUUAUUUCGGGAGUCUUAUUGUGAUUCAGUUUUAGCAGAGAUCCCUUAUAGUAAAGCACACUUUUAAUUGCUGUUCGCAGUUAUUAAACAUUAAGAAACACCAUCAGAUUUCCGCGAUAAAAUCUGCAUCAAACUUGCCUAGCUAAGGUCAUAUCCCUUAUAAGGAAUCAUUCCGUAAGUAGAAGUUACUCGUGCUGUAUUUUUCACAUUUCAGGUAUCAUAUAUAAAAGCAGUGGAUGUCUACUUUAUCGUUUCGUUUGCAUUCGUUUUCGCGGUAGUCUUUGAGUACGUUUUAGUUUUGCUUAACACUGGAAUAAAGCGCCAAAGACGUGUCAGUAGUACACAUCUCUCAGGAAAUAACAAUGAGGCAAACGGCUCAAAGGUAAUACUAGCGUUUCGCUUAGACACAGCUUUUAUCGAGGCAUUUAUACAAUCUCUUCUAAAAGAUAAACUUAUUCGUGGAAGUUUAUGAAAAUGGGGCCUAGCGAUGCGAUCUAUUCCACGGAUAAAUUGAAAACCAACUUUCUCAACCAAAAGAACAAACCUAAACCAGAACCUUUUCGGACACUUUAUCGUUGACUACAUUUUUACUGCCUAUUUUGAAGAAGAAAAUCUUGACCAAUUUAUCAACUUAAUUAACUUAUUUCAUUCAGCACUUCGGUAAAUUUACUUGAGAAAUUUGGAAACUUCAGCCACCUUUGUAGACAUCAAUUUAUUUAUAAAUGGUAGCGGCUACAAAACGUGAGAAUUUUUAAAAAAUCGUGACUGUACCGACUCCUUUUACAAAUGCCUCUAAAGCAAAGAGAAUUCCAUUGGUAUUGACCCUCUUCCUCAACAAUCUUGCCCUCGAAAAACGUGAUCUCAGUUGACUUCAAACACUCGUUUCCUUGUGACGAGACAAGAAUAUUGUUAAUUUUCCUCUAAUAGAAGUUGUAUCAAAACGGAAGGACUCCUAGUUAUUUUGAAUGCUCGCGCACGCAAAGAAGUACCGAUCCAUUCAUCUCUUAUUAUUUUAAAGACAGAUAACAUUUGGACUUUCUCUCCGCCAAGGCAAAACUGAACAAAAUUUACCUUUCAAGCUGCACCUUCUCUCCCUCGGGAAGAAAAAAACGUUUCUCAUGUAAUGAAUCCCAGUUUCAUUCAAUACCACGUUAACCUCACUGAAUCAAAACACAACCCACCAUCCUCCACUUUGCUGGGGCAAAACUCUUACGGUCAAAACUGUCUAGGAGGCCUAUCUACCUUUAUAAACUUAUAUUUAAUGACCAAAAAAAUUUUUUUUUAAUGUUGCACGCGCUCACUAUUUAACUCAAGAAGCUAGAGUCGCUCUCGACUAUCGCCUCGAGCGACUCUUACGCUUCUUACGUGCAUAGUAACCUCUCGCAUGCAUCAUUAUAUAACCCUGUAGUGUAGUACACUGAUACAUUGUAGCGCAAGAGUUACCUUUUUAUUACACCAAAAAUGUUUGUGUAGACAAAACAAACGCGCAAACGCAAAAAUUAGUCAUUACAUUUGCUUAGACAUUACAUUUGCUCAGGUCUGCAGCGCUCACCCUUAAAAAAGUAGUAAACACAGAAUUGCCCAAUCAGACCACGUGCUCUAGGUUGGUUAUGUUAACAUCGGAAAGUUGCAUUUGUUGAACUAUGUAGUGAAAAAUAUAAGCGAAAUUUUGUCUUGCUUGUCUAGCCCUUAACGAUGUUACACGUACACAAACCAUUUUCAUCCUGUUUAUGUUGUCUGAACCAUGAUCGACUUUGGUGCAUUCAAAUGUUGAAGUUGUCUUUAACCUUCCGACAUCCUUUUUUUUUCUUUAAAUGACAGAUAGACGUGUUUAAUAGCAUACAAGAAUUGCAGGAAAUCAAAGUAGAGAGUCUGGAAUCUUCGAAAGAAAAGUCUAAGAAAGGGAAACAUAGCUCAGUAAGGAAGGCCAAAGAGUAUAUGCGCUAUGCUUUUGUAAGGAAUGAAGGUAGCUCAAUUGACCGAGUAUGUCGUUAUAUUUUUCCUUUUUGUUACGCUGUAUUUAAUGCGGUUUACUGGGCUUAUUAUGAGUUGUCGACAUUUGGAAAGCAUCCACCUUCCGAUAUGUAACAAGUAUGUGACUUCAGACAACACUCAGGAAAGGU